UAUUUUGGAUGACAAUGCCUAGGGCAAGGGGACAGGACGGGCGGGGGACGAGAUACAACGGUCAAAGCUGCAACUGCUCCUGCUGCCGUCCGCUCUUCUUCUCCUGCUUCCGCUCCUUCGUUGAUUUCUGUUCUUUUUCUUUCUUCAAAAUCUUUUUUUUAACGACAUCAGUUAAGCUCUCAAGGCUCUGCGUCAUCCAUCUCCAAUCACCACCUUCCCCUGGCAUCUCACCUUCUUGCUAAGUCUUCCUCUUGCCCUGUUCCUGCAAUUUCUUCUUUUUGGCUCUCCUAGCUCUGUUUUUCAUUUUGAAAGUGUGGUUUAAUCUUUUGUUCGGAGAACGAUGGUGUGAACAGUUUGCUGGUGGCGGCGGUGGUGAGGAAGGGAGAUAGUUUGAAUGGCGCUCCGUUUUGAGGUUCUCGGGCGAUUUAAUCGUGCUCGCGCAGCUCAACUAACACUCCCUCAUUUUGUGUGUCAAACGCCUCUAUUUAUGCCAGUGGGGACACAAGGGACAAUAAAAGGACUGACAAAUGACCAGCUUGAGGAAAUUGGUUGCCAGAUAAUACUGGGGAAUACCUAUCAUUUGGCACUUCGUCCUACUUCUGAGCUAAUUGACGAGUUGGGUGGUCUUCACAAGUUCAUGAACUGGCCUAGAGCGCUACUUACCGACUCCGGUGGCUUCCAAAUGGUAUCCUUGCUGCAUUUAGCCGAUAUCACUGAAAAAGGUGUAACUUUUCAGUCACCAGUUGAUGGAAAGCCAAUGCUUCUAACACCUGAAGAAUCAAUACAAAUACAGAACAGAAUUGGAGCAGAUAUAAUAAUGGCUCUUGAUGAUGUGGUCAGGACCACCAUUACUGGUCCACGGAUUGAGGAGGCCACGUAUCGCACUCUCCGUUGGAUUGACAGAUGUAUAGCAGCUCAUAGAAGACCAAAUGAGCAAAAUUUAUUCGGUAUCGUUCAAGGUGGUCUAGAUCCUGUGCUUAGAGACAUAUGUGUCAGAGGCUUGGUGGAGCGGAAUCUCCCUGGCUAUGCCAUUGGUGGUCUUUCAGGCGGCGAGGAUAAAGAUUCAUUUUGGCGUGUUGUCGCUCAGUGUACUGCAGCGCUGCCUGAGGAUAAACCAAGAUAUGUAAUGGGUGUUGGUUAUCCACUAGAUAUUGUGGUCUGCAGUGCUUUAGGUGCCGACAUGUAUGAUUGUGUCUACCCAACUCGAACUGCUCGCUUUGGCACAGCUCUUGUACCUGAGGGUGUUCUGAAGUUGAAACAUCAAGCAAUGGCCAAUGAUACCCGUCCAAUCGAUCCUUCAUGCAAUUGCAUGGUCUGCAAGAAAUAUUCUAGGGCCUAUAUUCAUUGCCUGGUUACAAAAGAUGCCAUGGGAUCCCAGCUUCUAUCAUACCACAAUUUAUUUUUCAUGAUGAAGCUCAGCAGUGAUUUACACGCAUCAAUUGUCCGAGGAAGAUUUCCAGAGUUUGUUUGCAAAUUUCUGCAGAAAAUGUUUCCAGAAGGCGAUGUACCUGAAUGGGUCUGCAAUGCCAUGGAAGUCGCCGGAAUUGACAUAUCGUCAUGCUGUUCCCCAUUUUCAUCUUUGCCAGACUAUAGUAAUUCGGAGGUACCAACAGAUUUUUGAAGUAGUAGGCCAACGGUCUUAAAAGAAAAG